UCCUUUGUGCCGGCAGCGGGGCCAUGGCCGGGCCGGGAGCGCAGCCCGCGAGGCUACAGAAUAACGUCCACGUUUUGCUCCAGAUCAUCCCAUCCUCCCAGGGGGAAGGCAAUGGCUGCAAUGGAGCUGGCUCAGGCUACAGAAUAACGUCCACAUUUUGCUCCAGAUCAUCCCAUCCUCCCAGGGGGAAGGCAAUGGCUGCAAUGGAGCUGACUCAGGAUCCAGUGACUUUCGAGGAGGUGGCUGUGUAUUUCACUAGGGAGGAAUGGGCUCUUCUGGACCCUGUUCAGAGAGCCCUCUACAGGGAUGUCAUGCAGGAGAACUAUGAGACGGUGACCUCGCUGGUAGGGUUUCCAGUUUCCAAACCUGAUAUAAUCUCCCAGGUGGAACGAGGGGAAGAGCCGUGGGUCCCAGACCUCCAGGGCUCUGAGAAAGGAGUGCUUCCAAGAGCUGCCUGCACAGGUAGUGACCUGUGUCUGGAUUCUCCCGGUCUCCCAUCAGGUGAUGGGAUGGUGAGUGAGAAUGAGGAGGAGAAACCCCAUCAGGAAGAUGCUGAGCGAAGAGAAGCACAUGGAAUGUUAUCAGGAAGAUCCAAAGAGAAUGUUUCCAGGAGUUGUGCACUCCCAGAAAAACCAAAAGCCUGUGAGACUCAGGGGAGGCCAGAGGGAAACUUGAGUAGCCUCUCAGACCUUAUAACAAGUGGCAGAAUCAACUUGGAAGAGACACGCUACAGGUGCCAUGAGUGUGGGAAAAGCUUCAAUUGGAGCUCUACCCUUGUCAGACAUCACAGAAUCCACACAGGAGAGACGCCUUAUACGUGCACUGAGUGUGGGAAAAGCUUCAGUCAGAGCUCAGACCUUAUCACGCAUCAGAGAAUCCACACGGGAGAGAAGCCUUACACAUGCACUGAGUGUGGAAAAAGCUUUAGUUGGAGCUCUACCCUCAAUGCACAUCGUAGAAUCCACACAGGAGAGACGCCCUACACAUGCUCUGAGUGUGGAAAAAGCUUUAAUUGGCGCUCAGACCUUAUCACACAUCAGAGAAUCCACACAGGAGAGAAGCCCUACACAUGCUCAGAGUGCAGGAAAAGCUUCAGUCAGCACUCACACCUUAUCACACAUCAGAGAAUCCACACAGGAGAGAAGCCCUACACAUGCUCAGAGUGUGGGAAAAGCUUUAGUUGGAGCUCAUACCUUAUCAGACAUCAGAGAAUCCACACAGGAGAGAAGCCCUACACAUGCUCAGAGUGCGGGAAAAGCUUUAGUUGGAGCUCACACCUUAUCGGACAUCAGAGAAUCCACACAGGAGAGACGCCUUAUACGUGCGCUGAGUGUGGGAAAAGCUUUAUUUGGAGCUCAGACCUUAUCAAACAUCAGAGAAUCCACACAGGAAAGACACCCUAUACAUGCGCUGAGUGUGGGAGACGCUUUAGUUGGCGCUCACACCUUAUCGGACAUCAGAGAAUCCACACAGGAGAGACGUCGUACACGUGCAGUGAGUGUGGGGAAAGCUUUAGUUGGCACUCACACCUUAUCGGACAUCAGAGAAUCCACACAGGAGAGAUGCCUUAUACAUGCGCUGAGUGUGGGAAAAGCUUUAGUCGGCGCUCAAACCUUAUCAGACAUCAGAGAAUCCACACAGGAGAGACGCCUUUUACGUGCGCUGAGUGUGGGAAAAGCUUCAAUCGGAGCUCUACCCUGAACACACAUCGUAGAAUUCACACAGGAGAGACGCCUUACACAUGUGCUGAGUGUGGGAAAAGCUUCAGUCGGAGCUCUACCCUGAACACACAUUGUAGAAUCCACACAAGAGAGACGCCAUACACAUGCACUGAGUCAGAGCUUUCAGUCACGUACUAUGGCAACUUACUGAAUGUCACGCAAAUUAGUCCAUUCCUCCCCAUAGUCGGUCUCUGA